AUGAAGAUGAAGAGGGAGAGAGGGAAGGUAAGUGCUUUGGGCAAGGGGAAUAGGUGCAAGAAGGAAUCGAUAUUUAAUGGUACCAGGCAUACUGCAGGGAAGUCUUGGAUCAAGACUAAUGGACAGAUGGAAAGUAAACAGCAAGAAAAAGAGUUUAUUGAUAAAAAAACUGGGAAGGAUAGUGCGAAUCCGCCAGAAGCAAAAAAGAAACGAGUAUCUUUUGCUGACGAUUUGGAAAAGAUGAAAGUAUUUGAUAGAAGGAUGAAGCUAGCAGUCACACCAUCAACAGCCAGUCCUGGUAGAAGCAUCAUUAUGAAAAAGGAAGGUGGAAUGAGGGAGAUUUGCAAUGAAGUCAUAAAAAAAAGUGAAUUCAUGCAGGAGACUUCCAUGAAUUCAGUAAGGAAACUUGCUGUACCAAAUUCGGAAGAGGAGGAGACAAAGAAAUCGAGAAAAAGACAAUUGCAGAAAAUUAGUUGUGGAAAAAUUCGGCCAACCAAUGAAAGGAGAAAGUUGCAGGUGACACGGAAAAUAAAACAAAAAUUGUUGAAUAUGCCAAAGAAAGAGCGCAAAGUGUAUAUUCGGGAGUUACGACGGAAGCACAAACCACAUUUCGACCUUGUACUUCAGUGCAAACAUUUGUGGGAGAAAUUGCGCUGUGGAAAAACGAGUGAGACUGAACGAAAGAAGUUGGUCAUCGAUAUUUAUGGAAUAGUGAAGGGAAAGGUGAAAGAAUUAAUAUUCGCGCACGAUGCAUGCCGAAUUGUAGAGUGCAUGGUAAAAAAUGGAGGGAGCGAUGUACGGAAUGCUCUUUUUGAAGAACUUGUAUCAGAGAUUAUCAGCAUGACUAAGUCAAAAUAUGCUCGUUUUUUCAUCAUUAAAAUGCUCAAACAUGGAUCUGUGGUACAACGUCAAAUAAUAUUCGAUGCUUUCCGGGGUCACUGCGUGUCGUUAUUACGCAUGUCAUCAUCAGCACAAGUUUUGGAGUCAGCCUACAAUGAUUAUGCAAAUGCACAACAACGAUAUAGCAUUAUUAUUGAGUUUUAUGGAGUGGAUUUCUCUUAUUUCAAAGCUGCUGAUAACAGAGUACGCACUUUGAAAGAAAUAAUAAUGGAUUUUCCGAGCAGGAAAUCAUCGGUUGUGAAAUAUCUGGAAAACAUCCUUAUUGAUAUUGUGGACAAGCCUCAAAUAAAGUUAAGUUUGACGCAUCGUUUGUUGAGUGAUUUUUUCGAAUUUGCUGGCAACAAGCAGUUGGAAGAAAUGAUUGAUUCACUAAAACUAUACAUACCACAGAUUGUCCAUACAAAUGAUGGCGUCCGCAUUGCAAUGAAAUGUUUAUGGAAUAGCUCAGCGAGAACGCGGAAGGUAAUGCUGAAAAAUUUCAAAGGACUUGUAAUGAAAACUUGCUUGGAGGAAUUUGCACAUCGCUUCCUAAUUGCUGUUUUCGAUACUGUGGAUGAUACAGUCUUAAUUGAUAGAUACCUUUUAAAGGAACUGUUGGAUAAUAUUGACGAAAUUAUUAAAAGUAAUUAUGGUGUAAAAAUUAUGCAUCAUUUAAUUCAUCCAAGAGAUCCUCGCUUUUGUUCAGCAUCACAGAUUGCAGUUUACAAGGCGGGGGACGAAAAUCCUUACAGCAAAAAGGAUUCUAAGCUGCGUUACGCAGAGUUAUUUUCAUAUAUUCAGAAGCCAUUUUGCAGUUAUUUCGCUACAAACAUGGAUGUCUUGCUUUUCGAGAGUCACGCGUCGUUACUUAUCUUGGACCUGCUUGAGGCUCCAACUGAUUUGGAUGUUUUCGAUCGGAAAGUAAGUUUGGAAGAUCGUGCAGCCUGCUAUGAUGCAAUUGCUUUAAUAUGCAGUCGGGAAUUCAUACCUUGUGAUAGAGAACAACUUCAUCCGGUUGAACAUCCCCAGGCACAUUUUGUAAUUUCUAAAUUGCUGAAAAGUGAUUCUAAAUUUGACAUCAGGCUCGGUGACUUUAUUGUGGAACGCUGCAGAGAUCAAUUAUCAUCUUGGCUCGCAUGUAAUAAAGGAUGUUUCAUCCUUUUGCAUAUUCUCGAAAAUGCAUCUCAACAGACUCAAAAAUUGUUAAGAAGUGCGUUGUCUUUGGCAGUAGUAGGAAAAUAUCACACAAAAGGAGCUACUGCAUUAAAGCAGAAAUUGAAAUAA